UGUGGGAAGAGCUUCAGGCAGAGCUCCCACCUCCUCAGGCACCAGCACAUCCACACUGGGGCAUGGCCCUACACGUGUGGGGAAUGUGGGAAGAGCUUCAGGAGCAACUCCAACCUGAUCCGACACCAGCUCAUCCACACUGGGGAACGACCCUACACAUGUAGGGAAUGUGGGAAGAGCUUCAGGGACAGCUCCAACCUCCGCAACCACCAGCUCAUGCACACUGGGGAACAGCCCUACAUGUGCUUGGAAUGUGGGAAGAGCUUCAGGGACAGCUCCACCCUGAUCCGACACCAGCACAUCCACACUGGGGAACGACCCUACAAGUGCUUGCAAUGUGGAAAGAGGUUUAGGACCAGCUCACAUCUCCUCCUGCAUGAGCGGAUACACACAGAUGAGAGGCCCUUCCGCUGCACCGACUGCGGGAAGGGCUUCAAACAGAACUCCAACCUCGUCACCCACCAGCGCAUCCACACCGGGGAGAGGCCCUACAAGUGUGGGGAGUGUGGGAAGAGCUUCACCCACAGCUCUACCUUGACCAGACACCAACGGACCCACCAGUAAGGGAAACCCUAGGAGUGCCCCAACUGCAGGAAGAGCUUCGGCCGCUGCUCCCACCCCGAAUGACCCCCCUGAUGGUGAG